AUGGAGGUAUCUGGCAAGAGACUUCGUAAUUAUUGUAAACCUUGUGAGCGACUUAAGACGUCAACAUACUCGGAUGGUUUCUGUUCACAAUGUGCAGAAGAAAUGUGUCAAAGAUGUUUUGAUACACACAAACAAUUCAAGCUUAACCAGGGACAUAAGCUUGUCCAAUCAGUCGAGGCUAGAUCAAAAAGCAAAGAAACACCAAAAUUCGAUAAUUGUAUAAAACAUCUCAACGAAGAUAUUAAGUUUUUCUGUCCCGAACAUGACCAAGUAGGUUGUGGCGAUUGUAUGGUAAUGUCCCAUAAAACCUGUAAAGUGGAGUAUAUACUUGAACACAUCGAUGGAUAUAAAGACAGUAAAGAGUUCACAAAAAUUAAGAAGGACAUAGAGAAGUUUGACGAUGAAGCAGAAACUAUAUUAGGACGCAUCAGAAGCAACAAGGACCAUGUAAAAGAUGUCAACAAAAAAUUUGCUCUUGACGUCAAAUCAUUCCGGGAUGAAAUGAUUGCACAUAUCACGAAACUGUCUGAUGAAAUGCUGAAAUAUGGAGAUGAUAUCAUGGCAGCAGACAUGAAAAAGAUCGAAAAUCUAGAAAAAGAGAAUAAAAACCUAGUUGAUGAAACAAAUGGUAUGAGAGACACACUACAAUUAGAAGCUGAUCAGCCUUACAAAAUGUUCAUCAGUUCCUUGUCAUACAGACAAAAUCUUCAUCUCGUCCGAAACCAGCUAGAAAGAAUCAAAACGAACAAUACGAUUGAAAUGUACGACUUCGUGUCUGACUGUAAUCUCGAACAGUUGAUGAAAACUUGUAAACAACUAGGAGUGUUGCAUAAGCCAAACGAAUCUGGUGCAGCACUUAGAGAAGAAACUGUAAAAGCAAACAGAGCAACACCAUUGACAAAGGCUCUAUGUUCACCAACAGAUCAACCAUUGCUGGACAGACAAUUUGUUUGCAAAAACCUCAUCAUUGACGGAGACAUUAUCAGUUAUGUUGAAAAAGCAAGCGGUCACCUUGGUCUGUUUAUUGACACCCACUUAGUUGAUCAUUUAGAUAUUUUUGAAAUCGAGAUUGUGAGCAUUGGUAGAGGCGGAGGUAUAGCUAUCGGUGUGGUACCGGAUGACUAUCCAAAUAAUCUUCUAUCUGGAUUAGGAAAAGAUUCCUAUGGAUACCAUUCAGAUGGCCA